AUGCCAUCCAGCAAGCAAUCGUACUUCCCACCAGCUGGACUCGCCAACGACGGCUGGUCCACAGAGGACGAGGCCACAGCGACAUGCUUUUGUGGCACCGUUCAGCUAUCUUUCGCCACUCAAGGCCCCGGCCUCGUCGACACCUUCGUCUGCAACUGCUACGACUGCCGCAAAAUCACCGCGUCCAUGUUCGCUUCCAACUUUGUCAUCGCCGACAAGUAUCUCAGGCACUUGCGCGGCCAGGACAAGCUCAAGACUUUCGCCCAGUCGCAGACCAUUGGGAGCGGGCAUACGAUGACGAACCACUUCUGCUCGAACUGUGGGACGCUGAUGUAUCGCGUCGGCGAGGGAUUCCCAGGGAUGAGCAUCCUGCGAAUCGGCACGGUCGACGACUUCACUUUGCACGAGACAAAGUUGCGGCCGAGAAGGAGGCAGUAUGUUAAGGAUAGGGUGGAGUGGUUUACAGGUGUGGAAGGGGCUGCGAAAUUCGAGGGGAUGGGGUACAGUAGUAAGCAGAAGCUGUAA